CGUCGCCGCGCUCCUCGCUGAUGCGCGCCCCGCAGGUGUGCGGCAAGCAGUUCUCCUCGUCCAGUCACGUGAAGACGCACAUGCUGACGCACUCCGGCGAGCGGCCGCACAAGUGCGACUUGUGCCCCAAGUCGUUCGCCGUCAUCAGCAACCUGAAGGCUCACCGCAAGAUCCACCUGGGCCAGAAGGACCACGCGUGCGACGUCUGCGGCAAGCGCUUCUACACGUCGAGCGACAUGAAGUCGCACCGCACCAUGCACACGGGCGAGCGGCCGCACCAGUGCGACGUGUGCCACGAGCGAUUCGGCAAGCGCUCCAACAUGAAGGCGCACAUGAUGACUCACACCGGCGACCGACCGUUCCACUGCCAGCGCUGUCCCAAGCGCUUCGCCAAGGCGUCCACCCUCCGGACGCACGUGGCCAAGUGGCACCCGCCGGAACCCGCCGAGGCGCCGUCCACUUCGGCGUCGCAGGAAACGCCGCACGACGACGCUAGCGCCGCCGACGGCCUUUCUGUCGACGGCAGUUCCGUCCCGCCCUCGUCGCGUGGUAAGCCCUCGUCGACCGCUAAAAGUACUCGCCCUUCCUCCACGACCAACUCCCACUGUACUGUCCUCCCCGCUUCUGGGCGCACUGUAGUUGCAGCGAAUCCUUCCGAAGCUCCACGUUGCAUCACUUCAACAGCCGACGUUGCUGCUGCUGAUGGCGAUCACGCGCCCUCGACAGCAGCAACGGACCGCGAUGUCGUAAACUCGAUCCCGGUGCUGCCUCACUCGAAGGUAAAUGGUUCGAGCGGAUCCGAUGACGCCGAACAUUUCGCCAAUCAUCCUCGGAAACGUCUUCGACUGCAGGCCCGCGAAGCCGCGCCUUAGAGCCGUUACGCAGACGGGCCCGUUGUUGAGGCCAGCGGCCGUACCGAGAGUGCUGCUGUGGCUUCGAACCCGCUUCCGUCCUCGCCACGAGCCGGUCGGUUCGUCAUGGAGGCAACGUCAGCGCGCCACGGCGUCCGUACGAAGGACACGUCACAGGGUGCGGGCCAAGCUUUUGGGGCUGUCCCCGUUCAGCACUGCGUGCGAGCUCCGGACGAGCUUGCGUUAGAGAAGGAGCCCCGCGGGGAUCUUACGGGCUUUAUAGUCAGCGUGGAAAACAUCGAAAGCGUCGAGGCGGGCACAUUUCGCAUGACCAGAUGAAGGCGGAGUCGAAGUAGCUCCGAUUCUCGAAUUGUUUUAAAAUUUCACGCUUCGGCGCCCCGGACGCAUGUUUACAGGUCAGCACGCGGUUCACGCACUCAAACACACGUUCGGGAACUUUUUCUUUUCUUUUCUUUCUUUGGGCGAAGGCAUGUGCUUGGUCGUUUGCAAACUUUGAGGAAGAGUGGCCAUUGCCGGCAUUGGAAAACUUCCCUUCUUACUGUGACAUUUUACCUUUACGGUGUUUUUUCUCUUUCUA